AUACUGUGUGUGCGUGUGGACUGUGUACGAAAGCAAGCGAACCUCCGCUAGCAUCGCAUGUAACGCCUAUAACGCACCGCAUUACUGUUGAAAACUUCGGCGAGUACAGUUCGGUCUCGAUCGAGCUCUCGCUGUUGUGCGUAUUUCCCCCAUCGCAAUAUCCGACCUGGUUGGUGUAAAAUAUCAGUGACUUGGUGGUAGUUAACUAGCAGCAAGGGAACAUCGUUUUGGUGAAGUAAAAUUUACCGUGGUUUUAAAACGGCAAGGCAAAGGCCUUCCCGCUGGUGAAACCGACGCGUGUGUAAAAUCUCGCUAAAAGGGUACGCUUCUUUGUGUGUGUUCGAAAGAGUUAAUAUACUGGCUCCGUUCUUGUUGUAAGUUGCGCGGCUAUUUUGUGACGAAAAUUGUUGCAAAAGGGCAAGAUUUUCAACAAACAGCUUACACCACAAGUGAGUGAAAAUACAACAACGCAAGCCAUAAACGUCAGUGUCUACGCAAACUAUAAACAGGUUACGCCCGUUACGAGGUUACCCAUCAUAACCUCAAAAUUGAAGCUUGCUUGAAAAAUAAAGAGACGACAAAACCCCGCACACACAAACACAUGCCCGUGCGCUUGCGUGAGUAGCGUGGAAAGGGCCAUCGAAAAUCGCUGGUGUACGGUUGUGUGGUAGUAGUGGUGGCAACAAAGAACAGUGCGCACCCGUGUGUAUGCGUGUAUGAGUGCGAUCGCCGCAGUGCGUGUGUCGAAAGCGAACGAUAAAGGGAGCGAUGCAAUCGCGUUCUAUUUUAUACAAAAAGUAUGAAAAGGGCGUGUUGAAAAUUUGACGACCGUCUCGGAAGGGUGUUAGAAAGUACGGAAACUCUGCCGAUUAAAUUGUGCCGAUCGAAACGGGUGCAAUCACGGGUGAAUGACUGUGAACGACGCAGUGAAGGUUUUAUUUGUGCCCCGAACGCACGACGCCAUCUUAGCAAAAAACAAGGGAUUCGCGACCCGUCUCGAAUCGCUGUGCGGGGCUUGUCAGAUUGACAAGUGAAAGAAGCAGAAGCAGUGCGCGUGUGUAUACAAACAGACCAGCAGCAGCAAGCCGAAAACAUUUGCAAAACAAGCGUGCGUGCAUUUUCAUUGUGCCUCCCGUGGUGGUGUGUGCGCGAAGCAAUAUUCACAAGCAAUUAGUAAAAUGGGUGCACAGGUGUACAACCAGACGAUCGAGCGGCUGCACUAUUCCCCGGUGCCGCCGAUCAAAAACUACAAACGACUGUCGCCGGCCAAAAGCCUGCUGAACCGCACCAAGCGCAAUUUGUUCGGUUCGGUCGAACCGAAAGCAUUCAUGGAUUACUACAAAAGUCAAAUGCAAAAGGCGAGCGAGGAAAAGCGGAAGAAAUGGAACUUCAACUUCAACCUCGAAAAGCCCCUGGACGGUCCGCUGCAGUGGGAACCGGUGGGAACGAACCGUGUGCCGGUGGUCACGUUGACGCAGGCCGCACACGUGAUACCGGGCACUAGGCGACCGGCGGGACUGGAGCGUAGCAGUAGCAGCACCAGCAGCAGCUCGGUCGACAUCCUUUCGUCGGACGAACUGAUGGACCAGCGGGCGGAACGUGCAAACCGGGGCAGCAGUGUGGAGUCUCUCGAUGGUACGCUCUCGUCAUUGUCACCUGCCGAAGAGGAGGAGGAAGAGCAGGAAUCGGUCCAGACCUACCCGAUAAUGCCCAGCUCGCCCAAGAAGAAGUGCGCGGCGCGCAGCCAGUCGCCAAAACCGUCGUCCUCGAAGGGUUCGAAAUUGCGACAGCCACAGAUUACAGGUGAGUUUGUGCUUACUGCUGGGUCCUUGGAUACGUUUCCUUCCUUUUGUAUACUUGCCCAUUUUCCGCCCUUAUGUAUGGGUGCAUUGGUAACAAUAAUUAAAACAAAGCUAAUUAUUGGAACUUUCGCCCUGAAAAAAAAAUAUACAAAAUCAAAAUCGUACCAUCGGGAAUGCAUUCUGUUAACGUUACUUCACGCCUUAUUGAUUAUUUUUAAUGACCGCCAAUUAACACUUGGUGUGCACGGUUGAUGCUGACUGGUCGGGAAUUGCUUUUUCCCCUUUUUAUGAUGGGAAGGUGAAAGAAUUUGUAUCUCUUUCUGUGUCAAUAAUUAGCAAUAAGAGUAUCAAUUUGCUAAAGAGGUGAAAUGGAACCUUCACUAAGCAAUGGUUUUUUUACUUGUGGUAAGAAUCGAUCUGCUUUCUGUUCCCUGGUUUCACCGGAGUGAAGACAAUUUGCCCAAGUGUUUAAUUUACUGCUUGAACGAACUAAAAAGCCAAUAUAAACGUUCUCAAUUACACGCACACAGUAUGGCACAUUUACCCUAAAUCGUGUGGGAAUCUUCAUCAAUUUGCCCGGAACAAAAAAAAAAUACGUUUGUUCCAGAAAAUCGAUUAUUCCUUCCCUAAAGCCUUAAGGUUACUGACACCCAGGUGUUUAAAAUCUUCCCCUAAAAGAAACGAAGCAAAGUAUACUUUCUCAGAGAAAGGAUGAAAAAAAUGAAUCGUAACCGUUGAACUUAUUAAAAACCAGAAAAAUACAUAAUACGUUCCGCGGGGGUGCACAAAAAUAUAUCCUUCGUGGCAAGGCAGCAAUCUUAAGAUUGUGUAUUGCUACCCUUUUUAUCCUAUCCUUCUCUCUUCCUGCGACGUAAAAGAAGGUGCAGCGUGAAAUAAUGAAUUCGUUUUACUGACCUCAUCGAACAUAUGAUCACUGUGUGGAACCUCCAGAAGGGGUCAAUACGCAUGAUAUGUGUGUAUGAUCUCGUUCCGUGUUGUUUUGCUUUCCUGUUAUCAAACCAACAAGCAGCGGCAACCUCCAAUAAAAGCGCAUGUGCGGAGCCUCGAGUGUGUUUUAUGGUUCGUCGCUUUUUCCAACGGUUUUUUGGUUUGGCCACUCACACUGUUGUCUUUUGACCGGCCAGCCAGCCGUUCUAAAACACAAACCACCGACGAGACAUGUAUGUUCCGUUUUCAUUUCCCUUACGAUAUUCUCGACAUCUGCUCGGCAACGCAGCGCGUGUACGCCCGUGUCAUGCUCCUCUGCGCGAACGGAAAGCAGAGAGAAAGAAAGGGGACACGGAAAUGCAUGGAACGAUCGCGCACAGAUCCCCAUUGUUUCGGAUCUAUUUUCCAUAUUACACACCCUCGUUUAGCCUCAGCAGAGGGGUUCCUUCUCGAGGGUUUUUUUUGUUAGCUCUUACUAAGACAGAUAGAAGAAGCGGGGGGAGAAGAAAAGGUCGUUAUUACUGUCUGCCUUUGUUCUUUUGGGCUUCUUCAAGAACCUCGCCUCACGCGUAGGAUGUUUCUGCUCGCCUGCAUGACAGUUAUGCUGCUCUUUUGGAUGAUCUAUGCUUCUUGAUUUUUGAACAGAAACAGAAGAAAUUGCUGCACCUUUCACGGUUAGCAGAAACAUUUUUCGAAUGUACUUAAUUGAGCUCGUCUUACAGCUACAGCCGUCCUAAGAGUAAUUCUUUUCUGUUUUUCGCGCUUCGUGCACUUGCGUUGAGGUGUAAUUAUACAAUUGUAGCUUGUUCCAGUCGCGAUUUUAAUGCUCCAUAUGUUUCCCUCGUCGGAGAAUGGGGGGCCGCCACCCUUUUGCCCCAGUGUUCUUGGUGUAAUUAGUGUGCAGUUGCGAUGGGAGAUAUUUCACGGGUUCUUCAACUAAAAUAAAACGUACAAUUGUGUGUUUGUUAUGGUUGCAUGAAGCUGAAGCGAUCAUUUUCAGCAUGGCUUAAUCGGUGGAACAUUUUUUGUACGGAUAAUAACUUCAAUUACUAUUCACCAAGUUGAUGGAAUGAUUUUAAUAAGCUAGGUUUCUGAUGUAGCCCAAAUGUCUAAGCAUAAUUCUUAGCAUUUUUUCGUUGUUUUAAACUAUUGCUGACCUUUUCAACCUGUGUUUCAACCAAUGGUUUGGAAUUUAUGUUUUUAAAACUCUCCUAUCGCGACCGGAUACGGGACAUUCCGUUAGCUAAUUGAUGAUGCACCAAACCCUAGCCUCUUAUGGUAAACAUGUUAAAAAAGAUAGGAUAAGCUAUCCUUACCUUUUCUUCUCCUUAUCUAGGUCAUCCAUGGUCAAUGUUUCCGGUAGUUGUUUGGUAUUUUUUGCAAAUUAGUUUUUACCUUCCGAACCGGAAGAAAGAAAGUGCACACGUGUUGCCCGUUCGUCGUAAUAGAUGGCAUGUGGUGUCCCUUCCGGGGUUUCUUUUUUUGCUUGUUUUCUACACCGAAACAUGUUUGGUUAAAUCUCGAGUAAAAUUUUCAGGGGUUUCUCCUGUUUCCCUACGGUUGCUGCAAUUACGUCUAAAUUGGAGAAAUAAUGCAAACCCAUCAUCCCUCUCUUGAAAUCGAUACUCGUUCUAGGAUGUGAAAAGAAUCAUCGGUCGGAAAGGUCAUUUUGCUACCAGCAGGGGUCCCUAGCAGCUAAAGGUGUAUAUUGAGUAAGAAAGGCACUGUACGGGGGCUGCGCCCGUUGUGUAGUACGGUAUUUCAACCUCAAAAUCCCGCAGCGUUGGGUGCUGCUGCAUGGUGUGCGCUAUUGUGGGACUAACGUUUCAAACACAGGCAAAAUCAAAGAACGGUAUUUUUUAUUGAGCGAUCCCAGCCCCAUUGUGCUUUGAACCGUGUGCAGUUCCGGAUGUUAUGUGCCUUCUAUUUGAGGAUAUGCAACUCCAAAAAGGGUAUUCCUGUCCAACAUUCCGUCUGUGCGUAUUUUCAUUAACAAAAAGAAAACGUUUUUAAUCACACUGUUUAGGGUGAUUUGCUCCACGUAAUUGCAAUGUGGAAUAAAGGGCUUUUUGUAUUGUUGGUCGGUAUUUAAUUGCUAGUAGUAUGGUUUACCUAUGGCGGAUAAUAAUAGUUUUAAGGUAUAAUAGCUUAAAAGAAACCGCAAAACAACACAAUUCAUGUUCGUUGAAUUCUCAAAUUAAA